GUCUCCCCCGCAUGCUGGUCUCCUCCCACUGCCCUUGCCAGGCCCUCCUUCCUCAAGUGUGGGUGCCAGGGUCGGACCCUGAUGAACACCUGCACAUCAGAUGCCGCCCCGGGUGCCGGGCCCACAGGAAACUGCACCGGGAUCCCUGUGUCCUGGGCAGGUCCUAUGGGAAGUGCAGCCCACGUGUUACUCGGGUGAAGGCAGCGUCCCCACCCAGCCUGAGGACACUACACAGGGUGGACACCCGACCCUGGCUGGGCCGCUCAAUGGGGAGUGGCUUGGACGCCCCCCUUCGAGUACAGUCCCCACAUCCCGUACCUGCCUAAUGUCCUUGGCAUUCUCGGGCCCCGGUCAUAGUGUGGGAGUGGCUGCCUGUGCACGCCACGGGCCUCCAGCUUCACUGCUGCAAUGGGGCCACGAGCCAUCACCGGGGCAGGCAGGGGUGCUGGGCACCUCAUCACUAGGGCAGUGACAUCACAAGGCGUGGAAGGCGGCAGUGGCUACAGAACUCCGUGCCUCGGCUGUUUCUGUGGUGCCUGCGGGCUCUGGGCUCCCACCUCCACGGGGCUGCAGGAGCCGUGAGGGACAAGGAGGAUCGCACCCGCCAUGGCCGAGGGCGGCGAGCUGAUGAGCCGGCUCCUGAGCGAGAAUGCAGACCUGAAGAAGCAGGUGCGCCUCCUGAAGGAGAAUCAGAUGCUGCGGCGGCUGCUCAGCCAGAGCUGCCAGGAGGGCAGCGGCGGCCACAACCUGCUCCCACCCAGGGAGGCCACCUACCCCGAGGCCGGCUCCCCCGGGAGCGGAGUUCCAGAUUUCGGAAGGUUCACGAGUGUUGCCCACACGCCCUCCCAGCUGCAGACAUCCUCCCUGGAGGACCUGCUGUGCUCACCUGCCCCCCUGUCCGGCGAGGACGACACCUCCCUGGGCUGUGCAGCCCCCUCCCAGGCACCCUUCAAGGCCUUCCUCAGUCCCCCGGAGCUGCACAGCCACCAAGGCACCGACAGGAAGCUGUCCCUGAUCCUGAGCCCCUUGCAAGACUCACUGGUGGACAAGACCCUGCUGGAGCCCAGGGAGAUGGUCUGGCCUAAGAAGGUGUGUUUCUCGGAGAGCAGCCUGCCCACCGGGGACAGGACCAGGAGGAACUACUACCUCAACGAAAUCCAGAGCUUUGCGGGCGCCGAGAAGGACGCGCGCGUGGUGGGUGAGAUCGCCUUCCAGCUUGACCGCCGCAUCCUGGCCUACGUGUUCCCGGGCGUGACGCGGCUCUACGGCUUCACGGUGGCAAACAUCCCCGAGAAGAUCAAGCAGACCUCCAUCAAGUCCCUGGACGGCUCCGUGGACGAGAAGAAGCUGCGCCAGCUGACGCAGCGCUACCUGGGCCUGAGCGCGCGCCUGGAGAAGCUGGGCUACAGCCGCGACGUGCACCCGGCGUUCAGCGAGUUCCUCAUCAACACCUACGGAAUCCUGAAGCAGCGGCCCGACCUGCGCGCCAACCCCCUGCACAGCAGCCCGGCCGCGCUGCGCAAGCUGCUCAUCGACGUGGUGCCCCCCAAGUUCCUGGGCGACUCGCUGCUGCUGCUCAACUGCCUGUGCGAGCUCUCCAAGGAGGACAGCAAGCCGCUCUUCGCCUGGUGAGCCGCCCCGCGCCCGCCGCCUUGCCUGCAGUAAACGCGUUUGUUCCAACCCGGGGCCGCGGUGCCUCCUGCGCGCCCUCCCGGAGGGGAAAGGGCCGCGCCGCCCGCGCGCGAGGCCAGAGAAGGCCCCUCUCCCACCCGUGCUGGGCCCCGACCGCAGCCCGCCGCUGCCCGCACCUGCGGAGUGCUUGUCACUCCUCAUUAAAAUCGUCCGUUUGCUUGUC